AUGAAUUAUAACAUUUAAAAAUUUGCAUUUCAAAUUCCAUUUUUUAAUGUGAAGGUUCAAAUAUAAUAAUCUAUAAAAAUAAGACUGGGGAAGAAUGAGAAAAAUUAAGUGCUCAAUUUUCCAUUUAAUCAAAUAUCGCAUGAGAAUACAUUUUCAUAAAUUAUUUGUAAGGAAAUGAUAGGAAUAAGAGCAGGGAAAAGUAUGUGUGCAACUCUAAUAUUCCAUUUAUUAUGCAUAUUAUAGAAUUGUCAAUUUAAUUGAGUUUACAGAUAAAUUGAUAGUAGAACAAAAUAUAUAAAUAAAACCUUUGGUAAUUUGUGUGAUUGCAACUGUUUUAUUGGCAAAGAUAAUUUUGUUAAAUAAAGCAUAUUGCUCUGUAUUUUUCAUACAAAAAUAAGUAUUAAAAUACAUUUAUAUUAGACCUAAGUAAUUAGUAAAAAUUCUGGGUUAUAUUAUGGUUUAAUUCUUAAGUUAAACCUUGCAUAAAUUUCCAAUUAAGCUUAUAUUUCAUUCUCCAUUGUCCAGGAAUACAUUUUUGUCAUAUUAGAAAAAAAACUAUAAUUUUUCUAAAAUAGUAUCAAAGUUUUUAAAUUGAUAAUCAAUACUGAUCUAAUAUUGUUUAUAAAAUUAGAAUUAUUUUUUUCCGAUUCAGGCAAAGGUAUUGAUUGCUUAAUCCUUGAAAAUCUAUUUAUUAUUAUUUUAUCAAAAAACUUACCUCCCAAUUUGAAAGAGCUAGAUAUUAAGGAUAAAACAAACGAAUUAUAUUUUGGAUGGAAAAAUAUUUUAAAAGAAAUAAAGGACUUUGCAUAUCCAUAAGAUUUAUAAAUUUUUCUUGAAAUUCAAACGGUUGAUAAAUGUUUUUUUAAUUUUUUACAUAAUAAAAUUGUUUUGAUGAAAAUCUUAUCACAUAUUCAACAGUCACUAAACUAUUAGAAAGAAAAAAGUAAUAGAAAUAUUGUUGUCUAGCAGAGAGGAAAAAAGCAGACAACAAAUCAAAACCUUUGGUUGUAUAAUAUUAUAGUCUAUAAGGUAGACAACAGGUUUUUCUAAAAGGCUGGGACUUUAAAGUAAAUCGUCAAUUUCUAUACUUUCAAGUUUAAGCAUAUUUUGUAGAUGAAUAGCACUAAGAGAUCCGAUAAUAUUUAAUAAAUUAAUUUUCAAUGA